GUCCGACGCCCCUGAGUGGCCCCGCUUGGUCCACGUUUCAGUCCUUUUUCCUUCAGCAGUUGGGUUUGCACAGCACUGAGAAAUGCUGGGGUUCUCUGGGAUGAAGGUUACAGGUUGUGGCCCCAGCCGCACCACUGAGCCCCCGAGGAUUGCAGAAUGCGGUAAAACGUGAGGAAUCGCUCUUGGCUUGACCAGUACAUUCAGGUUUAUGAGCCUGCCCUCCACCUCCACCCCGCCCUUCCCCGCUUUGGGGAGAUUCUUCUGCAUCCUCAGUAGUGAUGGUCCUCUCUCCUCUUGCCAUAUUGAUAUCUGUGUUUAAGGUUAAGCUUAAGGUCAGUUUUCUACUCGUGUUGCUUAUUUUGAGGUUUUGGGGGGCUGGAUUAAAAAAUGGUAAAGUGUUUCACCGAAAGCACUUAAAAAUCAUAUCAUAUGAAACGUUUGUUAACUGUAGGUAACGACUAAGUUACCAGGUAUGGAGUGUAUUAUAAAGAGAUGCUUAAGUUCAUCUAAACUCAAACAUUGCCUUGAAAUGCAUAUCAGAUUUAUUGAAAUUUGUUACAAAAUAAGUGUAAAACUGGGGAAGAAGAUACAAUUUUAACAAAAAGAGUCCAUAGUCAUUAAGAUACACUAUAGUUACUGGUGUACUUUUGUUCUUUUUAAUUCAAGUAGGGUGAUUCAUCAUCCUGGCUGUCAGUAACUUAGUUUGUGUUUUUCUCUUGUGUAAGCUGGUGGUGGUGUCACAGCCCAAAGUUUUCCAGUAAAGACUUAAAUGAAUGGUGGCAUCUAUUAUGUACAAGCAUCUCCGCCUCCUCCUUCGUUAUCCAGCUGCUGCUGUAAGAAGGCGAUUGGGAGGGAGCAGAACUGGAACUUGUGAUCGAUCUCUAGUGUAUCUUUUAAAAAUAUAAAGAUGAUAGUGUCGAUCACAUGAUAGUGAAUGGAAGAGCAGUAUUUCAAAUGAUUUUCAAAUGAUAUGGAGAAUUUUCAUAAACUGGAGAAAGCCAGUUCUAAUCUACACUGUCUCUGGCUAGCUGUUUCUGUUGAGAGAAGGGUGAGUGGGAGCCAGUCACUUAACCUCUCUGGGUCCGGGUCUCACCUAGAACAGCAGGGAUCUUGACUGUGUGACUGUGGAGCCCACAAAUCCUAAAAACUUAAUAUGUAGGUCUUAAGAAUUGAAACUUAACAUUGCUGUAAUACUGGUGGUGCUUAUAGUAGAUAAGAUCUAUUCUAGUUUUUAAAUCCAUAAUUUUGUAUUAUUUUUAGCAAAGCUAGUAUUUCAACUCUGCUGUGAAAUUUAGAAAGGCUUUGCUUGUUAAUUGAGCUCUAGUCCUGCAAGAAAAAUUAGGUAUUUCCACUUUCUAUUUUGAGUCAAUGAUAAAACUAUUUGUCUCUGUAACUUAAGAAUGAAUUAGAACUUUGCCAACAGCUACUUGCCAGUAGUAAAUAAUGAUGUGUGCUUUGUUACCACUAGCAAUCGCUGAGUAGUGUUCUUAUUACCUGUAUUUUGUGGUAAUUUUUGACUGGACAUUUAUUUCAGUGUUGGGAAUUAAUAGUAAGAGACAUUAAUGAAGUUAAGUUCUAAAAAUUUAGAUGUCAAUAUUGUGAAAAUGUGAAUAAACUAUUUCUCUCCUGUUAAAUGAUGUGGUUGUCUUAUCAGCAGGGUCACUUUAAAAAAUAUUCAGCAUUAAAUCUAAUGUCAGGUACUUGUUGGUCUUUUUAGUUCUGUAUUAAACUGGGUGUGUAUAUGUGUGUUAGAUAUAUCUUGGAUGCUUUAUUUUACCUUCAGAAGAUACAGAACACAGUCCUAUGUUCUUUUCACAUAAACUGUUGGAAGGAAGUUUUGGGGGAUUGCAGAAUUUGCUAUGCUGAUGAAACAAACUGUAACAUCUCUCUCUCUCUCUCUCUCUCUCUAUUUUUUUUGAGCUCCCUUUAAAACAACUCUUUCAGUUUAAGCUUAAAAUAGCACAAAGUUAUCAUUGUUGGGCUGGAUAAUGCGGGAAAAACUACCAUCCUUUACCAAUUUUCUAUGAAUGAAGUUGUACAUACGUCCCCAACAAUAGGAAGUAAUGUAGAAGAGAUAGUGAUUAAUAAUACACGUUUUCUAAUGUGGGAUAUUGGUGGCCAAGAAUCUCUUCGUUCUUCAUGGAACACUUACUAUACUAACACAGAGUUUGUAAUAGUUGUUGUGGACAGUACAGACAGAGAAAGGAUUUCUGUAACUAGAGAAGAACUCUAUAAAAUGUUAGCCCAUGAGGACCUAAGGAAAGCUGGAUUGCUAAUCUUUGCUAAUAAACAAGAUGUUAAAGAAUGCAUGACUGUAGCAGAAAUCUCCCAGUUUUUGAAACUAACUUCUAUUAAAGAUCACCAGUGGCAUGUCCAGGCAUGCUGUGCUCUUACUGGCGAGGGAUUAUGCCAAGGACUUGAAUGGAUGAUGUCACGACUUAAGAUUAGAUGAUCUCUACUGACCUGUUCUCAUAGACUUUGUAUAAAUGAAGUGCUGGACUUUACCUGAAAGCUGCAAAAAUUAAUGGUUUAGAUAUAUUUAUAAUAAACUGAUUUAAACAGUUAAACUUUUUCUAUAAGAAGAACAAUUAAGACCACUUGUUUGAAAACAAAGAUGAAGUCUCACCUUUCCAUCUGCUUUCUCAUUAGUUCCUUCCAAAGCAAGGUCUUAAAGCUGUGAUGGACAUUUUUCUCAUAAAGAAUCCUCUCAGGACAUUGUGUAGCCUGUGGUAAGUACAAAGGGAGAGGAGGAUAUUUUUAACUUUAAGAGCUUUAUUAUCAAAAGUAUUUUGCAUAGGGUUGUGUAGGUAUUAUGUAUAUACCUCAAAUUCAAGUUAAUGGCUUUGAUUUAUGUUCUUAAAAAAAGGAAAUAACACAAAAAUUAAUAACAUCCUUAGUUAUAACCAUAAUGAGAUGAGUACUGGCAUUGGUGGUAAGUGCCAUUUUGUACUUCCCCUAUGUUCUCUGUAUCAUACUAAGCAACCCCCAAAUCAAAAAAGCAAGGAAAAAGCUUGACAUUGUGUACCUAAUAUUUUGUUGACCAAAUCACGUACAAGGAAACAUGUAGUCCAGCUGAGUGAAAUAUCUGUCAUAUUCUUGACUUAGUAUUACUUAUGGGCAGAAUUGCACAUUGAGCAAUCACCAGAUUGCUCCCUUUACUGGACCUUAUGCCAUCUAAAUUUACUGAGUAAAUUGUUAAUCUAUUUUCAGUUAAUCAUUAAUUGUGAUUAAAAUUAUCAAGUGAUUUUUUUCCAGCAUUAAUUGGAAACUGUUGCAUGAAAUAUGUCUACCCAGAGAAGAAGUAUCACACUAUAAAUAUUAUCAAAUAAUUUAGCUACAGUCUUCUUAGAUAUUAAAUUGUAUGUCAAGCAUUUAAAAGUCAAUUUGAGAUGAAAAGUAAAGCAUAUUUUCUAAGCAACAAAGAUAAUUUCUUAAUUUGAAAGUUUCUUAUUUCUUAACUUAGGAGUUGGAAUAGUUUGAGGGUUUUUUUGUGUGUCUGUAAGUUUUCCUCUAUCAUCUUAAACCACAUGAAUGCAUUGUUUGACAAUUACAAAAUAUGAAUCCUUUUUAAUGCUUUUAAGAAUUUGGUUUAAAUAUUGAUCAACAUAAUGUAUGAUUUUUACUAAGAAGUAACUUGGCCCCAAAACCUUUUAUGUUUGCUAGGUUUUUUUUUUUUUUUUUCCAGCAUCUGAAAGUCUAAGGUAUUUCUGUUUUAAAUGUAAACAGACUUAUCCUAAAUGUGUUAAAACAUAUUCUUGGGCACUCUGUUGGUAUAUCUUUCAUGCCCUGAAAAUCUGGUGACUAAUCCCAAACUGGCACGUUUUAGAAUAUUCAAGAAAAAAAAAAAACUACUUUUAAUACCAGCCUUUUAGAUUUCAAAGAUUUUGAUGAGAAAUAAUAGUACAUACUCUUAAGUAUUGACAAAACUUUGAAAGUUCCUUUCUAUAAAAUAUAAAAUGCUCGUUAUAUAAAUCCAAGUCAGGCAUGGGAAAUCAGCAUUUAAAAUUAGAUGUUUUGUGUUUUAUAUUUAUAUUAUAAUGUUCAAAAUGCAAGUAUAACAUUUUAAUAUUUGUGAACUUGCUUUUACAAAAGUAACUCCUAAAUUACUAAGCUUUAUUUGUUCAUAUGUCCUCAUACUUUUUCAAUCACUGUAAGAAAUUGCUUGUAUAUUAAAAACCCAAAUCUAUUUUGUUGAUGUUGCAGUGUCAUCACAGACAAAUAUUCUGUAAAGUAGCCCAGCAAAUCCACACCUUUUAUCCUUUUUGUCUUUUAAUUUGAAUAACCAUGGUUUAGUCCCUUGAAUUGCUGCCACAUCAGUUCAACAAUAUACCAGCACAUUCCCUUGUCAUCAAGGUGUUAGCCAAAAUUUAUUCUUUUUUUCAAAAUUUAUUCUUAAUUGGAUGUUUAAAGCAUGUACUACAUUGUUACAGUUGGUUUAGCAAUUGACAUGGCAUCAUGAGCAUGCAUGAAAUCUUUUACCACAUUUAUGAAACAUGCUUUUUUUGUUACAUUCUACCCUCCAGGCCAAGCAUUAGAAAAAAGGUGGUACCUUUAUACUUGUGCAUAAAACCAAAAUUACGAUGGGAAAAAACUUUUUAAAUUUGUGUACGAAAAUACAUCGAAAUCAUUGUAACAGUAUUACUUCCAAAUAACAUGGAGAGCCUCAUGAAUAGUCAUAUUGGUGAUUUAUAUGUAGUUUUUAAGUGGAAUUAAGCAAAGGGCAAUGCUUUUGGUUUUUUAAUAUGCUAUGCUACUUUUGGAUAUAAACAAACAUUUUAUUUAGGGUUAUUGUGCUCAGCUUUGAAAAGAACAAAGCUUCAUACCUCUGUACAUGUGGCUGGAUUUAAAUAUCCUGUGUUUGAUACUAAUUUUGAAAGUUGUGUAACUUCUCUUGAUAUCUUCGUAAAAGUAACCAUAUUGCUAUACGCAUUUAAAUAUGUUUAAUUUUGUCAUAUUGCAUUUAGGAAGUAUAUCUUACACAGUCUAAUAAGGAUUCUUGUUUGAAAUUUUUCAGUUCUAUCUUCUUUGGCCCUCAUGGAUGGGCAAAGAAUACAUUGAAGGCAGGUAGUUUGCGAGGCAGGGGAAAGUGGGUAGGGAAUAUGACAUUUUGCCUUAAGAAUAAAAAAGUGCUUCAGCACUGCUGUCUGGCAUUUUUAAUGCAGGUAAAGUGAUUUUAGAAGCGUGGCAUGGAAUAGAAAAGAGUUUCUGUUUUCUGGCCUUCAAGAAGUGCCUAGUAGGUAGUGACAGUGAGAUCACAGAGAAGUGCAGGGCACUGAGGAAGGGCCGGAAGUCCCUGAGAUGUUCUUUUCUUUUCUGUCUGAGUGUAUAGUAUUAAGAUAUCUAGAAAUGGGAUUCUGUUGUCCCCCCUCACAGGCACUUUACAUCUCUUGCUGUGACUGCAGCAACCACAUACAGUACAGACAACCUCAACAUUUGUUUAUAUUAAUGCACAUAGAAAAACUGUAGACAGAUUUCUAGUUUUCUCUGCAGGCAUUUUUGGGAAUAUAUCUGUAGUGUGUUCUACUUUGUAUAUAGGGGGUAAUAGCACAUCCCAGAUUAUCUGUGGACUUUGGAAUCAUCUUCUCUCAGUUACCCAGUCAUAUCCUAGAAUCAAUCCAUCUUUCAAGGCUGGGUAGAGACAAGGUUUCUUUGCAUGACUUAACUUUGAAUACUCCCACUGUCCAAAUAUAAUCUGGAACUUCUUGCUUUAGGAUUGGCUUUCCCAUAGCUCAGCCAUCCCCUGCUCUCCGGUAUCUUCAUUGCCCAUCAACGAAGAUAUAUUAUCUUGGUCCUGGAGAUAUUCUAAACUUUACCCAUAUCCACUGUUCUCCAAACUACUAGUUUCUAAGUUGGUUCUCUGGUUCUUUGCUAUCCUCCACUGGCUUGAUUCAUUGAUUUGCACUUUGCUCAUUAGAGAGUAUUAUUAGAGUUGUUGAGUACAUCACAAGACUGGCUUGCUGUGUGUACAGCACAUAAAUACAUACCAGCAGUAGAGUCCUUUAAAUUAUACUCUAUUUAACAUUAUUAAUUAACUUAAUUUUAGCUUCUCACACUGAAAGGUAGAUUCAGAAAGAUAAGAGAACUACCUAGACUGCCAGCUCCUUGAGCUACUGGGUAGAUGUGAAAGGGAUUAAGUUAUAUGUGUAUUAUCUUCCCAUUACCAAAAAUGAGUUACGUUUUGAGGAAUAAAAGACACCAGACCAAAUUCAUAUGUAGUGUUUAACCUGAAGACAUCCCCACAUCCUUAAAACCAUAGACCACAUUUCAUUUUUUUCCCUCAUGUUUACUUAAAGAACAAAGAUAAACAUUAGCUGUCUAAAGGAAUUAGUAAUGAGAAGCCUAUCUUUACAAAAUAAACCUGUUGAAAUGGACUUUAAAAACAUCAAAAUUAUCAAUCACCAUGUAUUGAUACUAUCGAUGCAGACAUAAUAUAGACAAUACUUUUUUAAAGUUCCACUUAUACAAAAAAUAAAACUUCUAUAUCAUGCUCCCUCAAAGAAUGUACGAUAAUUUUAAGACCAGGAUGGUGGAGUAAAGGAAAGAAAGAGAGAAUUUAAAAACCUUGGAUGCUAAAAAGUGAAUCUAUUAAAUCCUAAAACCAUGUGUGGGAUUGUGAAGAAAUUGUAACAGGAUACAGUUGGAUUAAUUAUGCAAUAUUUCUUACCGAAUGUCUAGCCCUUGUGUAUUGUUCUGAAAACUACAGUUUGAAUCUUUAUGGUCUUGCCUGCUAGAUAUUGUGUUCUUUGGUAGAAAAUUCCCAUAGUCUGUACUCAGCAAGUGCCUAAAACUGAUUUGUGUUGAUUUUUAAGUCCAUCUAAUAAAUUAUACAUGUUUUCUAUUGUAUUAUAUGUGCUUGGCUUACUGAUGAUACAGCCUUGAGGGUUUUUAAGUCAUAAUUUUUGCUUGGUUUGACUAAAAAGCCUCAAAACUGAAAAUACCCAUCCUAACCCUGAAUAAACCAUAGGUUAAGGAAGCACGAGCAAAACCAUUUUUUCUCUUUCCUAAUACAAAUAUUCCAUGACCCUGGUGUUAGUUAAUGCAGAGACUAGAAAACUAGACUCUAUUUCUGUUCUUUUUAAAUAGUUUUAACACACAGAAAAUUAUAUUGUGUUUUAAAAUCAUAGUAAAAGUUUGUUGCUUGUGUAAGAGUAGCCUCUUAAUUCUCAUACUUAGUGGUUAGUAAUUUUAAGUCGUAUCAUUUAGAUCUUGAGCCAUUUCAUGUGUGUGCACACCAGAAUCCUUCCUCUUUAGAUUCUCCUUAUAAAAUGAAAUAUUUGAUAGAACUCUACUAUGUUUCUCAUGUUCAUUCUUCCUUCCUUCCUUCCUUCCUUCCUGCCUCCCUCCCUCCCUCCCUCCCUUCAUUCCUUCUUCCUUUCCGCUCCCUCCCUCCCUUCAUUCCUUUCCCCUGCCUCCUUCCCUCCCUCCCUCCCUCCCUCCCUCCCUUCAUUCCUUCUUUCUUCCUUUCCCCUCCCUUCCUCCCCUCCUUCCUUCCUUUCUCUUUCUUUCUUUCUUUCUUUUUUGACUGUAAACUCUGGGGGCAAAGACUGUAUUUUCAGUGAUUCACAAUUACAUUUUGUUUAUAUUUUAAACAAUCUUGCAUGAAAAGUGAAAUGUAUAUAUGAUUUUAAUUAUUAUAAUAUAUACUGUUCUCUUCCAAAACUUCUUACAUUGGUGAUGUAAAGAAGUCCUCUAAUUAUUUUUGCUUGAAAUAGUCCUUUAGAUUAGAGUAGUCUUUUGUUACAUUAUGUCCCUCUAUGGUUCCUUAAGAGGAAGUGAUACCUGCAGAGCACUUUUAAAGAUAUUUUCUGGGUUAAUGUUCAAGAUAACACAUUGAAAAGGAAGCUAUAAUUAUGUCUAAUGAGGGCUCUUUUGGUUGCUAGAGAUGAGAAAAAUGAAUACUAAUUUUAAUUUGUGCUUAAAAUAUAUUUUACUAACUAUAUUGAUUUUUAAAUAUGACAAAUGUAUCUUGUAGAUAUUAAUCUUCCUUGCUUAUAUUUUCCUAGAGAAACUAGAUGAAAAUGUGUUCCAACUAGUCUCUAUAUAUUGACAUAUGUGCUCUAUGUAUAUUGACAUAAUUGAAGCUGCAUUUAAUACAACUAAUUAGAAACAUUUUGAAAAUUUUUAGGUUUAUUGUAUUGGAAUUUCUAAUAUGAUACAAGGUUUUGACUCAAGCUUUGUAUGCAAGAAGAGGUGGAAAAUUUUUCUUAUCUCGUUAUCAUUUUAUUAACUUGUAUUUCUCUGUAUCCUAGGAAAAUUGUACAUUCAAGGAAUAUUCCAAAAAGUGAUAAUCUUAGAGCACUUGGGUGCUUUUCUGUUUCAUCAGUGCUGAUAUGUUAGGUACCUAGGGAAAUAAUGCUUCAGGGCCUUCUUGACAAGACAACUUCGUGGGUGGCUGGGGGAUAUUUAUGUUUGUGCUCAUGUUGGGUUGGAGUGGCAGAUGGUAUAGGGACCUCUCCAUUGGUAAAGCAGUGCAAUCAGCUUCUUUGCAGGUGUGUUACUUCAUUAUACUUGUAACAUCAUUCCUGUGUCCAUAACUGACUGAAAUGUCAAGUUCCAGAAAUGUAAGGCAUUGGGUCAGGUGACCAGUAGUAGGACCUAGUUUAUAAUGCAAUAAAGGAAUAAUGUUAAGGUAUGUUUGAGGGGAAAUAACAAAUAUGAUUUUACUGCUGAAUUUCCUUUUUUAAUAUGUAUAUUAACUUUUUUUUUAAGUUGCAUGUUAACCUGGUAAAAAGUAUUGUCUCUGCUUUAUGCUUUGAGUAAAAAGAACAGCAAAAAAAAAGACAAGUUAAAUUGUUACCCUAUUAUGUACUAUUACAUAUACCUUUUCUUUUAGAAAAGGUUAAUUAUAAUUACUAUUCACACA